AUGGGCAAGGGACAAUCAACAUCAUCUAUUAAAUAUGAUGCUACGACAAAUGCAUCUGCAGUUCUAAAAGGUGCAGAAGGUCGUCAACGUAUCAAUAUCCAACAGAUGCAAAAUGUUCUUAUAAUCUGGUUAGACAGUAAUAUUGAUGAAACAAAAAAGGAUUGCCAAAAUACAAUUAAAAAAUUACGAAGUGCUGUUAACGACAUUAAUACAUUUACAGAUGGUGAUCAAUGCCUUGAAUUCAUUAAAACCAUCGUCAAUAACAAAGUAUGUAUCAUUGUAUCGGGAUUACUUGGACAGCAUAUUAUGCCUCGUGUACACAAUAUGUCUCAAGUGGAUUCAAUCUUUAUUUUUUGUGGCAAUAUAAACCAUCAUGAAGAAUGGGUCAAAGAUUGGCCAAAAAUAAAGGGUAUCUUCACACAUAUUAUACCCAUCUGUGAGGCACUCAAAGAGACUGCUCAUCAAUGUGAGCAGAAUGCCAUUCCCAUGAGUUUCGUGGGAUCAAAUAAAAAUUUGGAUCAAUUAGAUCCUUCUUUUAUGUACACCCAAAUCAUCAAAGAAAUAUUGCUCACCAUCAAAUUCAACCAGCAGCACGUCCAAGAUUAUAUUAAUUGCUGUCGCGAUGAUUUUGCCGAUAAUGAAGAAGAAAUGGUUAAUAUUAAACGAUUUGAAGAUGAAUACCAUAGCGAAACACCAAUUUAUUGGUACACCUGUGACAUGUUCUUAUAUCCCAUGCUGAAUCGUGCAUUACGACUGAUGGAUGGUGAUAUCAUUACACGGAUGGGCUUCUUCAUUGGUGAUUUGCAUAGAAAUAUUGAACAACUACACCAGAAACAAUAUCUUGGUAGAACUGCUGCUAACACUUUCACCGUUUAUCGGGGCCAAAGUUUAUCUACAGAAGAUUUUGAAAAACUGAGCAUAGUUAAAGGUGGUCUUAUUUCAUUCAAUAAUUUCUUAUCUACUAGUAAAGAUCGCAAUAUAUCAGAACGUUUUGCUCAACGUGCUACCGUGAAUCCAGAUCAAGUUGAUAUACUUUUCAUCAUGAAGAUUGAUCCUACUCUACCAACAACACCAUUUGCCUCCAUUGCUGAUAUUAGUGAGUUCCAGAGUGAAGAAGAAGUCUUAUUUUCGAUGCAUAGUGUUUUUCGUGUUCAUGAUAUUAAACAGAUGGGUGAAAAUAAUCGCUCGUGCGAAAUUAAUUUAACACUUACUGCUGACAACGACCCAGAAUUCAAGAGACUUACAGAUUAUAUUCGACAAGAGAGUUAUCCAGAUGCUGAAGGAUGGGCACGAUUAGGGUUGGUACUAUGGAAAAUGGGUCAAUUUGACACAGCUGAAAAUAUUUAUCAUAUUUUGGUUGAUCAAACAAAGGAUGAUAAAGACAAGGCACCUCUUUAUGAUCAACUUGGUUCGAUAAAAAGAGAUCAAGGAAAAUAUGAAGAAGCACUUACAUUCUAUGAAAAAUCACUUGCUAUCGAUCAAAAAACACUUCCUUCCAAUCAUCCUAAUUUAGCUAUAUCCUAUAACAACAUUGGUUUGGUUCAUAAAAAUAUGGGUAAUUAUCCAAAAGCACUUUCAUCUCACGAAAAAGCCCUUGAAAUCAAACAACAAUCACUGCCUCCCAAUCAUCCUAAUUUGGCUAUAUCCUAUAACAACAUUGGUAUAGUGUAUAAAAACAUGGGUAACUAUACAAAAGCACUUUUUUACUACGAAAAAGACCUUGAAAUCAGUAAACAAUCACUUCCUGCUAAUCAUCCUGAUUUGGCUGGUUCCUACAACAAUAUUGGUGCAAUGCAUGAAGACAUGGGUGACUACUCAACAGCCCGUACAUUUUAUGAAGAUGCUGUACAAAUUGCACAACAAUCAUUACCCUCAGAUCAUCCCGAUAUUCGAUUAUAUAGAAAUAAUCUCAAAGACGUACAAAACAGAUAA